CGAGCGUCGCCCUAGCAACGGACAGGCGUUAAAUGGUUGAACAACGGGAAUCUUAUAAAUUGGGUUGAAUUUUUCGUGAAACAAAGACGCCUUCAAUUUCUUAUUUAAUGACUGAAGCUGUGAUGGCUACAAGCAACCCGUCCGUGUUUCUUCUCACGGUGAACGGGCAGAUUGAGGGAGCGAAUUUUCCAGAGUACGACAACUUGUACUGCAAAUACUGUUUUGUUUACGGCCAUGACUGGGCUCCCACCUCGGGGUUGGAGGAAGGCAUCACUCAAAUAACCUGUAAAGGCAGUCAGUCUUCACACAAAUUAAUAUGGAACUUCCCUUUGGAAACAACGUUUAAGAGCACAAAUCCUUCUGGAUGGCCUCAGCUUGUGGUGAGUGUGUACGGUCCAGAUGUGUUUGGCAACGAUGUGGUGAGGGGCUACGGAGCGACUCACAUCCCCUUUACACCUGGACAACAUACACGAACCAUCCCCAUGUUUGUGCCUGAACCCACAUGGAGACUUCAGAAAUUCACAAGUUGGCUGUUGGGACGGCGGCCUGAGUAUGCAGACCCUAAAGUAGUAGCCCAGGGUGAAGGGAGAGAAGUGACGCGGGUUCGUUCCCAAGGCUUCGUUACCGUCUCCUUUCACAUCAUGACCAAAGACAUGAAGAAACUGGGCUACGACACGGGGCCUUCAAACCCUUCAAGCACACAGUCAUACUCAGCCACAUCUGGCUGGUCGACAGAGGAACAGCCGCACACCAUGUAGUAACAUAAGAGACUGUUUAAGGGACAACCAGCCGGGUGGGUUUUUCUACUCGUUCUUCCCUCAAGGAUGUUUGUUCCCCCCACAAAACCACAACACUCACAUUCAAUAUGACCAUGUUUACUUCCUGUUAUAUACACUCAGUCACAUAUACACACACGCUGCCAUACUCAAGUGUUUUUAUAGUAAAAAUGGGUAGAAUUGAAAUUAUGACAUUUUAGCAUAUAUAUUUGUAUUGUCUUGAAUUUUUCUGUUUUACUACAUUUUAUACUUUUUUAAAUAAAUGUGGACUUAACAGAAAUAAUGG